AUGGCGGAAAUUCUUGUGCAUGUUACUAUGGAGAACGAUGGGCAUCUGAACAACAACAAGGAACAAGCACUUGGCCUCACCUUGGGAGACGCUACAGCAUGGGACUACCCUGUGGAAUAUGAUAUGGAUGCUCUCCUAGGAGAGGACCAUAAUGUGGACACUAACCAGAGAACUCAUGACGAGGACCACCUCCCUGAGAGUGAGACACCGCAAUCCAAGCGUCCGAAGCGCUUCAAUGUGCGGCAGGUUCAGGAACUCGAAGCGAUGUUCCACGCGUGUACCCACCCAGAUGCUGAACAGCGUCAGCAACUUGGCACAAGGAUUGGUUUAGAGGAAAGGCAGGUCCGAUUCUGGUUCCAAAACCGGCGCUCCUUGAUGAAGUUGAAGGCAUGUGGAAACGAGGUCAAGGAGUUGCAACAAGAAAAUGGGAAGCUGCAAGCUGAUAACAAUGAACUGAAGCAACUAAUGCUGGACCCGACAUGCUUCAAAUGUCGUGACCCCGCAGGAGCAACCCAGACGACGUUGGAGAGGCAGCGCCUGCUCCGUGAAAAUGCAAGGCUCAAGGAUGAACUGCAGCGUGCCAAUGCUUACCUGAAAAGAAGCAUCCGUGAGGCAGGACGACGUCCUCAGCCUAUGUCAUCCGAGAAUCAGGCAUCAGCUUACAUGAACCCUGUGCCAUUCACCUGCAAUAGAACCAACCAGGCUACACUUCGAUCGCACGCUGAGCGUGCUUUCAAGGAGCUUGUCAUGUUGGCAACGAAGGGUCAGCCGUUGUGGAUGCCAACCAUCGACGGCGAGGUGCUCAACGACCAGCACUACGAUUUGCAAACGUUCCCUGGGUUACUUGGAUUUUGCCCAUGGGGGUUUGUCGCGGAGGCUACAAGGGAGACUGAUAUGAUCAAAGGCGAAGCCAUGGACCUCGUCAGCAUCCUCACCGAUGUGGCCCAGUGGUCAGAGAUGUUCCCUGAUAUCGUCUCAUAUGUGAGGUCCAGCAAUGUCAUCUGCAGCGGCAGUUCCUCUUUACGCGACGGGCUCAUUCAACUGGUGAACUCAUACUCUAUCUCGUGCAUCUAUUGUGUUCACUUUGAUCACGAUCAAUCACCUAAUUCAAACGCCGUGGAGUACUUGCAGAUGGAUGUAGAGUUCUGGGUGCAAACGCCGUGCCUGCCGACCCGCAACGUGAAGUUUCUGAGGUUUAGCAAGAUGAUGGCGGAGAGGAAGUGGGCUGUGGUAGACGUGUCUGUUGAUGGCAACCAGCAUGGAUAUCAACAGCAAAGCAGCGGAGCUAGUUGCACGGGCUACAGGUUGCUGCCAUCCGGCUGCAUACUUGAGGGCAUGAGGAGUGGCUUCUGCAAGGUCACAUGGGUUGUGCACGGGGAGUACCUUGAAGCCGCUGUGCCAACACUCUUCAGAAAGUUUCUCCAUUCUGGGCAAGCCUUUGGUGCAUGCCGUUGGCUCAGAUCGUUCCAGAGGCAGUGUGAGUACAUGGCCGUUCUGGCUUCCAGCCAUGUUCCAAGCAGCAGCAGUAGCAGCUCAGGGGCAGCCAUAUCAUCGCUGGGGAAGAGGGGAGUCUUGGAGCUGGCCCAGCGGAUGACGGCGAGCUUCUACGCCGCCAUCUCUGGGCCGGUUACCAUUGCAUCGACCAACAUCACCAACCAGUGGUGUGUUAGCAGUGGCACUGCUGCUGAGAGGGUGGACGCAGCAGUGCGCAUGGUGAUAUGGAAUUGCGCUGAGAUCAUGCCUGGAGAGCCUGCAAUCACGGUGCUGAGCGCCACCACCACAGUCAGGCUGCCUGGCACACCGCCAGUGCGCGUGUUCGAGUACCUCUGCAAUUUGCAGCGCCGUGGCGAGUGGGAUAGCUUUGUCAAUGGGGGCCAAGUGAAGGAAUUGGGCUAUGUUUCCACGUCUGCACGCCUCCAUGGCAACGCUGUCUCUGUCCUCCGCCCCACUAUCGUUGCUCAGGGAAGUCGUGGAAUGAACAACAACAUGCUGAUCUUGCAACAGUCAAGCACCGACGCGUCAGGUUCGCUGGUGGUGUACAGUCUCAUUGAGGAAAACGUGAUGCGUGGCAUCAUGGCUGGCGCCGAAAACAACAUCUUCCUCGUGCCCUCUGGAUUCGCCAUCCUCCCAGACGGCCAUGGCAAGGCCCGAUACAACGCUGCCAGCUCCUCUACUAGUGCUCCCAUCGACAACAACGACGACGACGGUGAAGGAGCACUUCUUACUGUGGCGUUCCAAGCAAUGUUGCCUAGCUCCCCAUCAGGCGACCAUGCCACUACCCGGGCCUUUGACAAUGCAGGACAGCAGCUCUGCGAUGCGAUAAAGAAGAUCAAGGACGCCGUCGGGGCCAAUAACGUCAUCGUGAACUGA